AACAAAUGAGAGGAGGGAAAGCUAUUGAUCUUGACGAUGAUGAUGACUUUGAUGCUUUCUCUGCACUGGUCAGGAACGCUUCCUCCGUCGAUGUCCAUGUAACAGUGGCCAGUCCCAAAAAGCAAUCGCAUACGCCCAGGGCUUCGAAGAAUACAGAAGUCCCUGUGCUUACGCCUACUGUGGCCCUUCCCAGACCUCCAGAACCUGCGACAGACACUGCACAAAACCGUGAUGUACUCCCAGUUGUAUCCAAUACUACAGGCCCAUCAAAAGCGCCCAGUUCAUCGAGGAAGAAGCGCAAAGUGUCAUUCGAUGACACCCCUGAUCCACAGACCCCCAAACCGCGUAGUAGUACUCCAUCACUCACUAAGAAACGAAAAAUGAACACCGACAGAGCCAAAUCUCUUGGACCAGAGCAGUCCGAUGCAGAGGUAGCUCCUAUGCCCAAGAAAAGACGAAGCACGAAAAAAAGUCAAUCAGUGGACGAUACAGCAGAUGGCGUGGAGGCAAUCUCGGUGGUGGACAAGACGGCGCUCGC